UUUUCAACCAAUCAACUGAAGAGAUAGAAAAUUUUAAACUUAAAUUUGUCAACGAAUCUGUUAAUCAGUUGCUGGUACCUUCUAUAUUUGAUAAAAGAUUUUAAAUAAAAGUAUUCUUACUAUAUAAGAAAUUUAAAAAAUUAUAAAAAAAUUAUUGUGUGAGAUAUAAAUUUUUAUUUAUAUCGAAUUGUGUAAAGAUUGCAAGAUUUUAAUUGCUUCAUAUAUACUUUAAAGAUUAUGAUUCAAUAUUAUUCAACGUAAUAUCCGCUGUUAUAUUUAUUUAGCAGUUACAAUUUUUUAAAAAUGAUGGAUAAUUGUUGUGCUCCACAAUGGGCAGAUUUUACACAUAGUCCUCAAGUUCCUUCUGAUAGUUAUUUUGAAGUAGAACAUGAGGUGCAUAAACCGCAAAUAUAUUUAAAAUCUACUACAUAUUCAAAUUCAUCUUUAUCAUGUCUAAAUGAAAAUAAAAAUGAUCAAUCAAUAACAGAAGUGAAAUUUGAUGAUAGUUUAGAGACAGAAUCUCCUGCACGUAAUAGUGUAGCAUAUUUUAUACCAUAUGACAAUAAAAAGCAUUCAGUAGGAAAAAAGAAUGAAAAUGAAUCAAAGAAAUCUCUAAAAAAUUUCACUUUAGAUGAAAGAUCUAAUAAGAUUCAUCAGACAUGGAAUAUACCAAUAACUGAACUAACUUCUGCAUUUAAAGUAAUGAAAUCUAAACAUACAGCUACAAGAACUAUACCUGAGAAAAUUAAGAACAACUAUUUGUCAGAAUCUAAACAUAUUAUUCAUAAAUCAAAAGAUGUUCAAGAUAAUGAUAUAAUGAAAAAAAAUAAUUCACAAAUUAAUUUUACAAAAAUUGAAGAAAAACCAAUGAAAUCAAAAAUUGAAAAAAAUAUAUUUCCAAAAAAACAAUCCAAUACAUCUAUGAAACAAUGUUCAUUAGGCAAAUCACAAUCUAGAGUACUUACUUGUCAGUAUCGAAGAACAAGCUUAAUAAAAUGUCGUAAGCGUUCAAAUCAAUUUGUAAGUCUUGCAGAAGCAAUUCUCAAAUUUCAAAAUGGAACACCACAGAGAUUUCGUACAUUGAGUAACAAAGAUUUAAAACCUACUCAAUUGAUGAAAUUAAAACGAUCUCCCUUGAAACUUACUUAUCCAAUUUCUCCUGCAUUAAGAUGUAAGCAGAGAAUAAGACAAACUAAAAUAUUAAAUCCAGAAAAGCGAGAAAUGUUAAUGCUUGAAGAAAUGAAGAAAUAUAAAAUCAAAGCAAAUCCUGUACCAAUUAAUAUUUUAAAAAAUUCAUCAAUAUUAAAAAAAGUAGACAAAAAAUCAGCUACAAUUACAGAAAAAGUUACAGAAAAAUUUAAUCAAACCCAAUCAAAGAAAACUCGGCAUACGACAAAUUCUCAACUGAAUUUGCAAGAACAGAAAAAAAUUAUACCUAUUGUUCGUUCCAUGAGUGCUUCAAAUAUUGUUAAAAAAGAAAAUACUUGUAUAGAAUCUACUGUAGAAAGUACAAAACUUAAAAGAUUAAAUUUCGAAACUCGCAAUAAAGAGUUUCAAAAGAAAAAGGAAGAAAAAUUAAAAAACUUACAGAUUCAAGAAACAAAUAGCAUUAAAACAGAGUUUCAUGCAAAACCUGCACCUAAAUUUUUAAAGUCAAAUCCAAUAAAAGAACAAAACACAAAAAAGAGAAUAGUAGUCCCAUGUCCAUUUAGUUUUGAAGAAAGGAACAAAUCUCUUGCUAAUAAAAAGAAAGAACUUGUUAAACAAUUGCAGGAACAGAAUCAAAAAUCUAGAGUAUUCCAUGCCAAUCCUGUUCCAAACUUUAAACCUGUUGUGAUUCAUGGUUUAUCUAAAGAAAACUUACAUAGCAAAGAAAAAUAUAAUUCCAAGCAACUUGAAGAAAGACAAACAAAGAAUUGCAAUGAUCAAGAAAAUAAACAACCUAAUAUUAUGAAUGUUACAAUAGAUUGCAUAGAUACAAAAAAAAAACAAAUAAAACAACAUGUAAAUCAUCUGAUAAAACCUAUUAUUAAAAAUGAAAAAUCAAAUAAUGAUCAGAAAAAAACAAGUAAAUUUGAAUUAAAUGAAAAAAAAGAAAUUCAAGAAAGUGAGUUUGAUAAAAAGUUAAGUAAGAAAAAAGAAGAAUUAAAAGCAAAAAAAUUAGAAGAAGAAAAAAAUAAAUUGUUGAAAGAAAAAUUAGAAAGAGCAGAACUGCGCAAAAUGACAGAAGUAAAAGCUAGACCAAUGCCAGUGUAUAAAUCUUUAAUUGCAAAAUCAACCAAGCUUCCACCCAAUCCACAAACUCCUGCAAGAACCAAAACAAAAAGUGUUUCUUAAUUUUAAUCUUGAUCUACAUUAUACAAUUUAAUUACAUAUGAAAUAUAUAGAAGUAACAAACUAUGAUAUGUUAGAUAAUAUUUCUUUAAGAUGUAACAAGUAUUUAAACUUACUCACGCGCAUACGCGCAUAUACAAUAUCAUAAUAAAGUAACUUUUUUUUAGAGAA